AUGACCUGUGUCCUUCUCUUCAGGCUUUUCCUACUUCUGGUCCUAGCAUCCCCUUCCCAAGGCAAGCGUCUUGGCCCCACAUCUCGCCUGCGUUAUUCUAGGUUCCUAGAUCCUUCCAAUGCCAUUUUUCUGCGUUGGGACUUUGACCUUGAAGCUGAGAUCAUCACUUUUGAGCUCCAGGUCCGAACAACUGGAUGGGUGGGCUUGGGUGUCACAAACCGCUACACCAACGUGGGAAGUGACCUGGUCAUUGGAGGAGUCUUGCCCGAUGGCAAUGUCUAUUUCUCGGACCAGCACCUGGUGGAUGAAGACACCCUUAGGGAGGACGGAAGCCAAGAUGCUGAGCUGCUAGGGCUCACAGAAGAUGCUGUCUACACCACCAUGCGCUUUUCCAGGCCCUUCCGCUCCUGCGACCCUCAUGACCAAGAUAUUGCGAGUGACACAGUGAGGGUGCUCACUGCCUACGGCCUGGAUGACACUGUGAAGUUGGAUCGGGAGCGUACUUUUGUCAAGUCCAUCUUCCUGCUACAAAUAGUCCACCCUGAUGAUCUGGAAGUCCCCGAGGACACCAUCAUCCAUGACUUGGAGAUCACUGAUUUUCUCAUUCCAGAGGAUGACACCACGUAUGCCUGCACCUUUCUCCCUCUCCCCAUCGUAAGCAAGAAGCAUCACAUCUACAAGUUUGAGCCCAAGCUUAUCUACCACAACGAGACCAUGGUGCAUCACAUCCUGGUGUAUGCCUGUGGCAAUGCCAGUGCUCUCCCCACGGGCAUCAGCGACUGCUAUGGAGCUGACCCCGCCUUCUCCCUCUGCUCACAGGUCAUCGUGGGCUGGGCUGUCGGGGGCACGAGUUACCAGUUUCCCGAUGAUGUAGGCAUUUCUAUUGGGACCCCCUUGGACCCUCAGUGGAUCCGACUGGAGGUUCACUACAGCAAUUUUCACAACCUUCCUGGUGUGUAUGACACUUCAGGGAUUCGAGUGUACUACAGUCCUCAGCUGCGCAAAUACGACAUGGGUGUCCUCCAGCUGGGCUUCUUCACUUUCCCCAUUCACUUCAUACCUCCGGGUGCUGAGUCCUUCAUGUCCUAUGGGCUGUGUAAGACUGAGAAGUUUGAAGAGAUGAAUGGGGCCCCCGUGCCUGACAUACAGGUAUACGGCUACCUGCUCCAUACCCACUUGGCAGGGCGGGCUCUGCAGGCUGUGCAGUACAGAAAUGGAACACAAAUUCAAACGAUCUGUAAAGAUGAUUCCUAUGACUUCAAUCUGCAGGAGACUCGAGAUUUGCCUUCUCGAGUGGCAAUCAAGCCGGGAGAUGAGCUGCUGGUAGAAUGUCACUACCAGACACUGGACCGUGACACAAUGACCUUUGGAGGUCCCAGCACCAUCAAUGAGAUGUGCCUCAUCUUCCUCUUCUACUAUCCCCGAAAUAACAUCUCCAGCUGCAUGGGGUACCCUGACAUCAUCUACGUGGCCCAUGAGCUGGGAGAAGAGGCAUCAGACUCCAUGGAGGGCAUGAUGGCCAUGAACAACGUGGAGUGGACCCCAGAGAACAUUAAGAAAGCUGAGAAAGCCUGCAAGGAGGCCCAACAGACUGUGAUAAUAAAGACCAUUGACGAGAUGGUGGAAAACACCACAGGAUGGAUUCCAGACAUCAUCCCUACUCCUCGGGGACCCUGUCUGGAGUCCUCUGGAGGCAAAGUUGAGCCCCAGGACAAGACUCCAGCAGGCUUCAGGGCAGCACCAGUGGCCCUCCGGGGUUCUGGCACUGCUCCCCUGCAGUGCCUCCCUGUGGCUGUCCUCUUGUUUGUGCAAGGUGCCCUUUCUUGGAUCCUUGCCACACUGCAGACUGGAGCAUGAUUCUGUCUCUGGUCACAUAACCAGGCCCCUCUCCACAGCCCUCCCUGUAGGAUCAAACACAGAAAC